AUGUCCCAACGGCGAUUCCACAAGAAGAGCCGCCACGGCUGCCUGCUGUGCAAGAGGAAUCGUACAAAGUGCGAUGAGCAGAGGCCGCGGUGUGGCCGGUGCAGUAGGAUAGGAUCGGCUUGCUCGCUGGCUGAUCAGCCAUCCGACUGGCUUUUCGUUCCAGCCAAGCAUACACCGGAAUCUCAAGAGGAUCAUCCCGGCCCGGAAAUGUCGACCACCACCCAGCCAGCCCCGUCAAGCCUCUCCGAUGAGCACAGCAGUCGUUCAGCGAGCGAUGUCAAGUCGAUUACAAUGUCCACAGCCGGCACGGAACAGUCCACCGUCGACUUCCAAUUCACGGACUCGGAGCGAGAGCGACUGAGACUGAUGAGCCACUAUGCCCUGCACGCGUCGAAGAGCAUCACCGAGAUCAUCUUACCCGGCGACCGCGAUCAAUCGAUGUGGGGAGAUUGGGUAACCGAGCUCGCCUUUGAGCACGACUUUCUUCUUCACGGUCUUCUCAGCAUCAGUGCACUGCAUCUGGCUCUCCGUGGGGUUUCACAACAAAAGCACACCGUCAUGGCCAUCCGCCACCAUGAUCUUGGCGUCGCACUCUUUCGACCGCAUCUGUCAAACAUAACGUAUGAGAAUCAUGAUGCCGUCUUCGCUUUCUCCUGUGUAGUCGCACUCUAUUCGUUUGGGAUCCAGCGUUCUUCGAAGUCGAUGGAGGAUCCUCUGACAAACAUCCACCAAGUGUUGACUCUAGUCCGCGGGUCAGCCAUCGCGCUCAAACCCAGUCAUGAGGCCCGAGAACAGAGCCGUUGGUCCGUCUUGAUGCUACCCUACCCGUUCGUCUUUACCGGAAGGCUCCCCGUUGUGAUCGAAGACAUGCUAAGCAAACUCCGUCAACGCAUCCCCGCAACGCCCUUCGCGGGAUCUCACACCGGCAUAUAUCUUUCAGCCAUUCAAACCCUACGCGACACCCUCACAAUGACUAUCAUGUAUCGACGGCAGAAGAUGACGCAUUCCUACUUCCCAGCGGUGUGUCCGCCUGAGUUUUGGGCAAUGGUACGCAUUGCGGAGCCUCUGGCGCUGGCUAUUCUGGCCAACCACGCCAUCACCUUGCACUGGAUGGGGAAUAGCAUAUGGAUGGAGGGCUGGGGAAAACAGACGGUGGAUGCUGUCCGUCAGGCGCUACCUCCGGAUUGGCAUGAAUGUAUCGCUUGGGCUGUUCAGGAAGUCGAGUCUCCAUCAGAAGCGGAUGAUUAUGAGCUCGAGCCAUAG